UUCAUGCAUAUUUUUUAAGUAUUUUUACAUUAUAAUAGGUAUUGUGUUUUACAAAGAAAAUAAUGAAGUGUUGUUUAUCUUUCUGCUCUUAUAAAGAUUUAAACCCCAGUACGUUUGGAGUACCUAAGGAAAUUUCCUUGAAAGUUAAAUGGGAGAAAGCUUUAGGCUUUUUAUUGGCUUAUUUAUGGCUUAUUAUUGUAAAUUGCGAAAACGAUGUACCUAAUAUUAUUAAAUUAAUAUAGUACAAUAGUACAUAAUAUUCCACUGCUGUUAUAGAGCGCUGCAGAAUUGUUCUUAUCAUGUGAAACCUUACAUGACUGAAAGAUUCAUCACACGUGCAUUUCAUAAGAUGGGAGAGUAUCCAAACAAUGUUAAGUUGAUUCGCAAUACAAAUACUGGGGAAAUUUCUGGCUACGCAUUUGUUGAUUUCUAUGAUUCAGUAUCUGUUAUGCAUAAACUCAAUGGAAAAUAUAUACCUAAUACUAAUCCACCUGUUAAAUUUAAACUCAAUCAUGCUGGAAAAAGUACUUCAAUUAAUAGAGAAUUUUCUGUGUGGUUGGGUAUACUUGGCCCAGGUGUAGAUGACUAUCAGUUAUAUAAGACGUUUGCUUGUCGCUAUCCAUCUAUACGUACAGCUAAAGUGGUCUUGGACAGGUCUGGUCUCAGUAAAGGAUAUGGUUUUAUUUUUUUUGGCAGUGAAGAAGAGCAAAAACACUGUCUUAACAAUAUGAAUGGAUUUCCAGGCCUUGGUUCCAAACCCAUUAAGGUUAACAGGGUCAUACCAAAAUCAAAAUGGCAUGAGUAAGAUUGUUUGCUAUUUAUUAAUGAACUUCAAAAUACAUUUUCAAAUGUAUAACAAUAAAGUAUUCAAUACUAAUUUAACAAAUAAUAACAUCAAUUUGUUAAUGUGAAACUAUAAGCAGUUUAAAGGGAUGUCUAAAUUAAUUACUUGCAUACUCUGUUAAUAAUUGUAUGUGUCUUACUAAUAUUUUAACUAUUAAGGUUAAGUCAUUUUUGUAUUCCAAUAAAAUAAACUCCGCAGUUCUGUACACAACUCUAUUAUCUACUCACCGCUGUAAUUCCCACACAGAUAUUAUGAGAUAUUAAGUA